AUGGCCAGCGGCGGUGCCGUACCUUCACACGGAGCACGUACUCCGUCCAUGGCGACGUCGGUGCAGUGGACAGAUCUCCCUAACGAUCUCCUCCACGUGCUCUUUGUUAGGGUCGGAGGCUUGCUCCACCGCGUCCGCUUUGCCGCGGUUUGCAGGCCAUGGCGGGCCGCCGCGAGGCACGCCGGGCUGCCCACCCUGCCGUGGCUCAUCUUCAACUAUGGCCUGGACGACAAGUACUGCAACAUGAGGAGGGUAUACUGCCCCGAGGACGACGGAUUCCUACACUUCCCGCUGCCCAAGGCGCUCAUCGGCAAGACGUUUGCGGGAGCGCACGACGGCGGCUGGGUCGCUGCGCUUGGCGAUGACACACAUCUUGCGAUCGUGAACCUCUUCUCGGGCGCCGAGGUGCCUCUCCAUGCAAAGGACAUGACGACAUUCUACGCAUACAAGAAGGUUAUAUUCUCAGAGUCCCCCACCUCAAGUGGCUGCAUCCUCGCCACCAUCACCACCCGAGCUAGUGUCGCCCUCUGCAGGAUUGGUUGUCCAGCCAAAAGAUGGACGGCCAAAAUAUUUGAUGGGCCACGGCUUGUGGACAUUGUAUUCUACAAUGGAAAACUCUAUGCCCUCACCAACUUGGAGGACAUGAUCAAAUUCAAAAUAGGUGUAAACAAAGAUGGCCGGCCGGUGGUAACUGUCGAGCUGCAUAUGCAAAUUGGUAGCCAACCUCUCAGGCGGGCAAUUAACAUUGUUGAGUUGCACGGCAAGCUGGCUAUGGUGGUGAAACAUUGUUUUUGUGACAACACCUACCGCAAGCGCUUCUUUUUCAAAAUUUAUGUGCUUGUUGAGAAGCCGACUAAAGAGAACACUCUCACCCUCGAGUCGGAGGAGGUAACAACCUUGGGUGAUUGCGCCUUGUUUUUUGGGAGAAUGUGGACCAAGGCGUUGUGUGUGCCGGCGGCUGGGUGCGGUGGGGUGCAAAGAGGUGCCAUCUACGCCGACGAUGUGACGUACUUGACGAGUUUCGACGGCCAUGGUGAUUGUGUAUUUCCUAUGGGAAACGAAAGGAGUGAGCACGCCAUCAAAUUUGUAGGACCUUAUUCAUGUUGUCACAUUCCAUGUGGCAUGUGGGUUCUCCCUCCUGAUUUCUAG